UCAGAAACACAUAAAAAGCCAAAAGCUCAUUUCCUUCUUCCAUGGCUUGAGCCUAGCACAUGUAUGUAAGAUUUCAUUCUAUGUUUCUUUUUGAUUUGAUAGAGGUGGAAAUAGAUCUCCUGGGUCAUUUUUCUAUUUUGUUGGCCUCCUUAAAUUAGGUUUAUUUCUUUCUCUUUUGGGUACUUUAGAGUUUAGAUCCUCCAAACAAUGGCUGGAUUUUCCUGUCUGCAAAAUGGGUAAAAUUUGUUAUUCUUUUCCAAUUUAAUAUCUGAGACAGACUGCUCUUUCUUUUUUCAUUUUGGCAAAGAUGGUUCUUGCUUUAUUCCAAAUGUUAAAAGCUAGGAUAGGACUUUAUGUGCUUAAACUUACUAAAUUGGUGAGGGGUAUGAAAACCCUUAUCUGAAUUUUUUAUGGUCACUUUGAUUCUUGUUCACAGAGUUGCAGACUCCCAAACCAAUAACAAUUUCUUUUUAUAAUUCAUCAGCUUUGUCUGGACUCCCCCAGAUUGUUUAAUGUGAAACCUACUGGAUUGAAGUCACUGAUUUUUCACCAAGUUGAGUCAACAUGGUGGUUUGAGUUGUAGAUUGUUUUGUUGUGACAUGGAUGGGGCAUUUAGAUUUUUAUGUCAGGCAGAAAGCAGGAGGCUUCUAUUGCUGAUGGCUAUUAUAGUUGCUCUAGUUUUGGCAGUUCAAUAUUUUGAGCUUCCAUCGAUUGAAGUUUUCACUUCUCUCUUUGCUCUUGGCAACAAUAGCAGCUCUCCAAAUGGAGAAUCAUCUUUGCCAUCCAAAAUGGUUGGUACUGUUGUACAUGAGAAUGAUUCAAACUCUACCCGUAGAAAUGCAGUUAAUGAGACAGGAAAUGGUGCCCGGGCUUCAAAUAUGGGAAAGGAAACAGCUGAAGGGGAAGAAGACAUCAGUCCCAAGAAUGGUUAUUUAUCAAAAAGCAAUGGAGGUUUAAAUGAUUACUUUGGUUUGUUCUCUAAUGGAUCUUCACCAGAUAAUCUUGUGGGGGUAAAUAAAAGUUCCACCUUGGAGAAUGGGGAAAAUAUAGUUAGUGUCCCUCCUGAGCUGGGCAUUGCACCAGCACAGGGCUUCUACUUGAAGCAGGAUGUUAUCAAAGAUAAUAUUUCUUCAUCAAGCAGUGGGAGCUCAGAUUUUGAUGUUGCACCUUCUGCAUCACCACUAAUAAAUUCACCAUCCAUUCCAUCAGAUGCAAGAGCAAGAAGUUCUUUGGCUUCUGCGAACUCUAGCAUGUCUUUGGGGAAAAGUGCAGAAGAUGUGCUUAAUGACAAUAAAAAUCUUAUUUCAUUAAGUAAUUCUUCUCUAUCUGGCAAUGUUUCUUCUGAAAACAGUAUUCCUGCACAGAAGAAGGGAACUCGAAGGAAACCUGAGAAGAAAUCAAGGAAGCCACCAGAGGUUGUAGUCUCAAUAUCUGAGAUGAAUGAUUUGUUGCUGCAGAGUCAUGCUUCACCCCAUUCUACGGUUCCCAAAUGGUCUUCAAAGGUAGACCAGGAAUUAAUGUCUGCAAAAUCAAGGAUUUUGAGUGCAUCUGCCACCAAAAAUGCAUCUGAACUUUUCCUGCCCCUUUAUCGCAACAGUUCCAUGUUUAAAAGGAGUUAUGAACUAAUGGAGAACAUGCUCAAAGUUUAUGUAUACCAAGAUGGAGAAAAACCAAUCUUUCAUCAGGCAAUACUAGAUGGAAUAUAUGCAUCUGAAGGAUGGUUCAUGAAGCUGCUGGAAGUGAAUAAGAAAUUCACUACCAAAGAUCCCCAAAAAGCUCACUUAUUUUACUUACCAUUCAGUUCACGGAUGCUAGAAUUAACACUUUAUGUACGCAAUUCACACAGUAGAAACAACCUGAUUCAGUAUGUCAAAACCUAUGUGGAUUCAAUUGCAACAAAAUAUCCUUUCUGGAACAGAACAGGUGGAGCAGAUCAUUUUCUUGCCUCCUGUCAUGACUGGGCACCUGCAGAAACAAGGGGACGUUUGCUUAAUUGCAUCAGAGCGCUUUGCAAUGCUGAUAUCGACGUAGGCUUCACCAUAGGCAAAGAUGUAUCUCUUCCAGAAACAUAUGUGCACACAGCUCAAAAUCCUCUCAAAAAUCUUGGAGGUUACCCUCCUUCCCAGAGACAUAUCCUUGCUUUCUUUGCCGGGAACAUGCAUGGUUAUGUAAGGCCAAUUUUGUUAAAGUACUGGGGAAACAAAGACCCUGAUAUGAAAAUCUUUGGCCCAAUGCCACACACAAAGGGCAACUCAAACUACCUCGAACACAUGAAGAGUAGCAGGUUCUGCAUCUGUGCCAAAGGUCAUGAAGUCAACAGUCCCAGGGUUGUGGAGGCUAUAAUGUUUGAGUGUGUUCCAGUUAUAAUAUCUGACAACUUUGUUCCUCCAUUCUUUGAGGUCUUGAACUGGGAAUCCUUUGCUGUUUUUGUAUUGGAAAAGGAUAUCCCAAACUUGAAGACCAUUCUCCUCUCAAUUUCAGAAGAGAGAUAUGUGGAGAUGCAUAAGAGGGUGAAAAAGGUACAAAAGCAUUUUCUCUGGCAUUCUAAUCCUGUUAAGUAUGAUAUCUUCCAUAUGAUCCUUCACUCUGUUUGGUACAACAGAGUUUUUCAAAUAAGAGCAAGAUGAAUGAAAACAUACAUUUACAAACCUUCCCAAUGGAUACUUAUGAAUCAAUUGUGUGGUGCUUGAUGGUCCAAGACUCCAAGCAACCAUUUUUUAACUUCACAAACUGAAAUUAGAUUAAUAGGAGUUUUCCUACAGCCACAAGCGUGGGAAACACAGGUUU